AUGUACGUUCUGGGGCUGGGCAGGUGGAACAAGCGCUUUCAAAAAGCUCUUCAGGACAAUGGGCUCAUGUGGCACACUACGCCCAGCGGAGCUGGCAUCAGGAGCGGAAUCGACCCUCGUGGCAACUUUGCCAAUUUCGUCGUAUCAGAUGACGAGGCCGAAUCUGAGGAAGAGCUGGACAGCAGGGAGGAACACGUGGAGGAGGAGAGCUCCUCUUCAGAGGAAUCAGACGUCUCCGAGUUCUCUGGCGACAGUGACGAUGAUAAUGCAGAUCGCGAUGAUGUCGAAGACGACAUGACUGGAGGAAAUGAGGAUGGCGUCGGCUGCCUUCCUUGGCUAUUCUCAGACGAGCACUCGGAAGAGGAUUCCGACCGCGAUGGAGAGAACCCCGAUCACAAUGGAGAGGGUGCAGUCAGAAACGACCCCGAGGCUGUGGAAACUCUCAUUCACCAGAGGUUCAACGACUUUAUAUUUGAGAGAAUCAUUGCAGACGCAGUCUCCCAGCUGGCAGCCCGCGUCAACACCACACUGACCAAUGCAGUCGCAUACCAGGUGGAGCCCCCGGCGGGUGAUGAAAACGAGGGAUGGGUAAAGCUAUACUCCAAGCUUGACGACAACAGUCGACGCGCAGCAAUGCGUGGUAACGGCAACACCCAGCUCUUCGGCAACCAAGGUGGAGGCAACAAAGAGAACGGCAAUCAGAACUCUGAUAGCUCAGACCCAGACCCCAUGGAGAUCGACAAAAUCAACGCAGUCAUGCAGCAAGCAGGAUACCCGAAGCUUACGCAGUCAUAG